AGUUUUAAAGGGCAGAGUUGUAAAAACUCCCAGGCUGUGGGGGGUUAGCUUGGUCUCCUGCGAGUCGGAAUUCAACUGAACCCCACAGAGGAAAAAAAAAAAAGAAAACCGCCUGGAGCAGCAACAGAGACACAACAUCGACGACACCGUUUUAUAUCUCCGUCAGAAAACUACACCACAGGCUGUGGAGGUGUUGGAGCGGACUGAGGCUGGUGCAGGAAGGACCGACUGUGUGAAUUUCCAUGAUCCUGACUCUAACUCUGCUGCAGGAAGGAUAUUCACUUUGGCAACAAGUUCUCAAUCAGACUUGCUCCUUCACACUGGUCACUGCUGCCUCGGAGGUUUUUGCAUCGCUCUGUAAAAGCAACUCUGUGACGGAAAAAGAAUCUCUCUCGCCACUGAAGCAGCUAUGCAGCUUGAAAUUCAAGUAGCACUCAACUUUAUUAUUUCCUAUUUAUACAACAAACUCCCUCGACGACGUGUGAAUAUCUUCGGCGAGGAGCUUGAGAGGCAGCUGAAGAAAAAAUAUGAAGGCCACUGGUAUCCGGAUAAGCCAUACAAAGGUUCAGGGUUCAGGUGCAUCCAUGUAGGGGAGAAGGUGGACCCCGUGGUGGAGCAGGCAGCCAAAGAGAGCGGGCUGGACAUCGGCGACGUCCGGAAUAACCUCCCUCAGGACCUUAGUGUGUGGAUCGACCCAUUUGAGGUUUCCUACCAGAUUGGGGAGAAGGGACCGGUGAAGGUGCUUUAUGUGGACGAUAACAAUGAGAACGGGUCAGAGCUGGACAAGGAGAUCAAGAACAGCUUUAAUCCUGAGGCCCAGGUCUUCAUGCCAAUCAGCGACCCUGUUGGGGCUUCCUCAGAGUCCAGCUCUCCCUCCCCUCCUUUCGGGCAGUCGGCUGCCGUGAGCCCCUCCCUAAUGCCACGCUCCACCCAGCCCUUAACCUUCACCACUGCCACCUUCGCUGCCACCAAAUUCGGCUCCACUAAGAUGAAGAGCAGUGGUCGUGGUAACAACAAUAACAGUGGCAGUAGCACCAAGGUGGCCCGCACCUCCCCCACCAAUAACCUGGGUCUGAAUGUCAACACCCUACUGAAGCAGAAAGCCAUCUCCACGUCCAUGCACUCACUGUACGGGCUGGGCCUGGGGCAGCAGCAGCAACAGAAGGCCUCUGCUCUGUCCCCCAACGCCAAGGAGUUUGUGUUCCCCAGCCUCCAGGCCCAGGCCAGCCCCGGAGCCGUCUUCCCUGGGGAGAGCUCCCUGGGCCUGGGCCCCCUGCAGUACAACAAUGCCUUUGACAUGUUCGCAGCCUACGGAAGCCUCAACGACAAGUCUCUAAUGGAUGGCCUCAACUUCAGUCUGAGCAACAUGCAGUAUUCUAACCAGCAAUUCCAGCCAGUCAUGGCUAACUAAACUCAUCAUCACGAUGUUAUUUAUGAAUGAUGGUGGCUCAAAGAGAAGGAAAAACAAAACGCACACUUAGAAACUGGACUUUCAAGGAUGUAGUGUCUAGUCAGUCAAGCGCAUGUGCCCAAGGGAGUCUCUACUGUGGCCCCCUUGAGUUUGUUUCUACUCAAAGCUUGUUGUACAAACACAUCCAAGCUUGUUACUUCAAUUCAACAUGCAUCAUUGUUUUUCUUUUUCCUUUUUGCCAACCAAGCACAAAAUUUUUUACUAUGUUGAGAAAAUACAAAAAAAAAAA